AUGCCUGCUCCGCUGCCGCUUGGCGAGCCGGUGAUAGUCGAAGUUGAAUGCGUGCAGACGCCGCCGGAGGACAUAGAUCCGGGACAGAUGGUGACAACAACUGUUGUGUCCGGGACAGAGGACGACAAGGGCCCCGUGCGGCUACCGACCGAAGUGGAUGGUGAGCUGGUCACGGGAUUGGCGGUGCCCGUGCCGGAUGGUGUCACUGGGGAGGACGACGGCCCGGGCCCGGGCCCCGAAGAGCCGGUGGGCGAGGUCGGGACGGGAGUGGAGGAGCCGGAUGACGGGAACACGGUCGGGCUAGCUGGCCCGCUCGUGGGUGGGGCGGCGCUGGUCGAGCAGGGAACAGUGAGGGUGACAGUGGCUGGGCCGCCGUUGGAUCCACACGAGGCGCAGGCAGUUACGGUUGUCGUAAAGCCAGGCGGAACCGAUCCGGUGCUUGUCGACGGCCGAUUGCUACCAGUGUAG